UAAUUAUUGUUAAUUUCUGCUCAUGUAAGCCCUAGGACCAUGACUCUUUGCCCAAACUGGCCCCACUUUUCUAGCCAUAAUCUUCUAUAAAUUCACCCCAAUUCUCACACAACCUUCCCCAGUUCCAAUAUCAUCUCAGAUUCUCAACAUACCUUGCAACCAGACCCUUGAACCAUUUUGAAAAUUUGUUCCAAAAUUCUAACCAUGGUUCCUAGUGAGAUCAGAGGAGUUCACUAUCUAGCACCUGAAAAUCCAUUCCUAGUUCCACCAAACUUUAGCCUUCUGCAAAAUGACAUCCCUAACCUUCAUCUUAACACCCUCCUAAGAAAUUUUCCAAACUGCCACUACCCUCCUUCAGGCCAUGAAUUUGUUGUUCCUCCCUCCUCAUGCCUCAGCAACAACUCAACCUCUGAUGAAGCUGAUGAAAUCCAGUUCAACAUCAUUGACGAAAGGAAGCACCGGAGAAUGAUAUCGAAUCGAGAAUCCGCCCGCAGAUCAAGGAUGAGGAAGCAGAAACACCUGGAUGAGCUAUGGUCACAGGUUGUUAGGCUCAGAACUGAAAACCACAGCCUUAUUGACAAACUCAACCAUGUGUCUGAGUCACAUGACAGAGUCCUCCAAGAGAAUGCACGCCUCAAGGAAGAAGCUUCGGAUCUUCGCCAAAUGCUAGCAGACAUGCAAAUUGGAACCUCUUUUGCUUGCACCAUGGAAGAUUUGGAGGACCUUCCAUGCAACACUUCUCAACUACUCAAACCUGAUCCCUUAAACGAAUCAAUCACUCCUGCAGACAUGAUUCAUGAAUGAGGCUAUAUUCUCCACUAUACACACACAAACAUAUUAAUUAGUAAUUACUCAUAUAUAUAUAUAUAUAUAUAUGCCCCUUCUUCUUACUUUAGAUUUCUAUGAUCUUUUGUGCCUCCAUUGGAGAUGUAUGAGUUUAGAACCAUAUCAUAUAUAUAUCAAUUAUCAAAUAAUUAACAGCUUUACAUGCUC